AACCGCCGCGGAGUGAUACCUCCUGCGCGUCCCCGCCCCGCUCAGUGCGCUCAGGUGGUUGCAGCAGCGGAGGAACGCGACGGGUCAGUCCGCCCACAGGCCUCUCUCUGCGGGUCACUUCUCCGGGAAACAGUCGCGGUCUGGCAGCGGAGGAGAUCUCUGCCGGGUGUUCCGGACUCUGUGGGCCAGGUGUGGCCGCUCUACCUGCGGGUUCUUAUCGAAGGGUUCACGCGCACCGGGAUCAACAUGCCGGAGCUCAUCAGCGUGACCGAGUUCAUCGAGGAGACCAAUGAGGACUACAAAGCCCCGACCACCUCCAGCUUCACCACCCGGAUGUCCCACUGCAGGAACACGGUGGCCGCCCUGGAGGAGGCUCUGGACCUGGACCGAUCCGUUCUGUACAAGAUCAAGAAGUCGGUGAAGGCCAUCCACUCGUCUGGGCUCGCUCACGUGGACAACGAGGACCAGUACUUCCAGUCCUUGGAGAAGUUCGGGGACAGCUGCGUCUGCAGGGAGGACGUCGAGGUGGGCGGAGCCUUCCUCAAGUUCUCCGUCUUCACCAAAGAGCUGACGGCUCUCUUCAAGAACCUGCUGCAGAACAUGAACAACAUCAUCACCUUCCCUCUGGACAGCCUGCUGAAGGGAGACCUGAAGGGGGUCAAAGGGGAUCUGAAGAAGCCGUUGGACAAAUCCUGGAAGGAUUAUGAGACCAAACUAGCGAAGCUGGAGAAGGAGAAGCGGGAGCACGCCAAGCAGCACGGGAUGAUCCGCACGGAGUUCAGCGGAGGAGAGAUCGCCGAGGAGAUGGAGAAGGAGCGGCAGCUCUUCCAGCUGCAGACGUGUGAGUACCUCCUGAAGGUCAACGAGAUCAACGUGAAGAAGGGCGUCGACUUCCUCCAGAACCUCGUCAAGUAUUUCCACGCUCAGUGCAAUUUCUUCCAGGACGGACUGAAAGCCGCGGAGAGUCUGAAACCGUCUGUAGAGAAGCUGAUGACCGAGCUGACGACGAUCAAGCAGACUCAGGACGGGGAGAGGAAACAGCUGACUCAGCUCCGAGACGUGCUGAAGGCGUCUCUGCAGUCCGAGCAGAAGGAGGACGCUCAGGCCAAGCAGAGCGCCGGCUACAGCCUCCACCAGCUGCAGGGCAACAAGGCCCACGGCACCGAGUGCGCCGGAGUCCUCUACAAGAGAAGCGAGGGACUGAGGAAGGUCUGGCAGAAGAGGAAGUGCUCUGUGAGAAACGGUUUCCUGACCAUCUGCCACGGCACGGCCAACGCACCGCCGGCUAAACUCAACCUGCUCACCUGUCAGGUGAAGAGGAACCCGGACGAGAAGAAGAGCUUCGACCUGUUCUCACACGAUAGGACCUAUCACUUCCAGGCCGAGGACGAAGCCGAGUGUCAGGUCUGGGUGUCGGUGCUGCAGAACAGCAGAGAGGAGGCGCUGAACAAAGCGUUCAAAGGCGACCAGAACGAAGGAGAGAACAACAUCGUCCAGGAGCUCACGAGAGCCAUCGUGGGAGAAGUGAAGAGGAUGAGCGGCAACGACGGCUGCUGCGACUGUGGGGCGCCCGGUCCCACCUGGCUGUCCACCAACCUCGGGGUGCUAAUCUGUAUUGAGUGCUCUGGGAUCCACAGAGAGAUGGGGGUCCACUACUCCAGGAUCCAGAGCCUGGACCUGGACAUGCUGGGGACCUCCGAGUUGCUGUUGGCCAAGAAUGUGGGAAACGCCAGCUUCAACGAGAUUAUGGAGGCAGAUCUGUCGGUCACCAAACCCGAUCCGACCAGUGACAUGCAGACAAGGAAGGACUUCAUCACGGCCAAGUACACCGAGAAGCGCUUUGUUCGGCGGCUCUGUGCCGACGCGGCAUCCAGACUGCAGGUUCUGUACGAGGCUGUGAGGAACAGAGACAUCCUGUCCCUGAUGCAGGUCUAUGCCGAGGGGGUGGACCUGCAGGAGUCCAUCCCACAGCCAAACGAACAUGAACCCGGAGAGACGGUGCUCCACCUGGCGGUCCGUAUGGUCGACAGGAACUCCCUCCACAUCGUGGACUUCCUGGCCCAAAACAGUGGAAACCUGGACCAGCAGACGGCCGGCGGCAGCACCGCGCUGCACUACUGCUGCCUGACGGACCGCAGCGAGUGUCUGAAGCUGCUGCUGAGAGGAAAAGCUUCAGUGGCCAUCACCAACGCAGCGGGAGAGACGGCGCUGGACAUCGCCAAGCGCCUCCGACACACUCUGUGUGAAGAGCAGCUGACUCAGGCUCAGACGGGGAAGUUCAACCUCCACGUUCACGUCGAGUACGAGUGGCGUCUCCAGAACGACGACAUGGACGAGAGCGAGGACGAGAUGGAGGACAAGCCAAUCCCCAACCGGCGUGAGGAGCGCCCGGUCAGCUGCUUCGUGCCGGGCGGCGGCCCCAUGCAGCCCAACCUGGCGGCGUUGGCCCGGGAUGCCGCCAGCCUGGCGAGGGACAAACAGAAGCCGAGCACGAUGAUCAGCAACGAGACCUACGGCACCAUGCUGGACCUCCACCUGCCGGGGCCGACGCCCCCGCUGCCGCCCAGAGGACCAGUCAGAGGUGCCGGACCCGGUAAACACGUUGCCAUGGAAACCCUCGGGAGACAGCGGUCGUCCUCCGACCCGCCGAACCCUCAAACCCCCGACAGGAAUUCCUCCGUGUACGUGCUCCCAGUAGCUCCUCCUCCAGUAAACAAGAGAUCCAGCAUGUUGGAGACCAAGACCCUGUCAGCCAGGAACACCCCCCUGCCCCCUCUGCCUCCCCCACCAGCAGCAGGACUCCCCCCGGUUCCUCAAGUCCCACCAGGACCCGGCAUCCCACCGCCACCCCACUACAAAGCUCCGCCCCUCCCACCACCAGUCCCCCUUCACCAGAUCAGCAGACCACUGGGACCACCAGGACCAGCGGGACCCAAGUCCCCUAAAUCACCCACCGGACCAGUGAAACGUCCUCCACAGAGACCUCCUCUCAGGACCGCGUCAGUGGACCAACGAGGGACUCGAACACACGGCUCCGGUCCUCCAACACCUAAACCCAGAAGCACCUUCUCCAAGCAGAAGCCUAAGAGGGUGAAGACCAUCUACAACUGCUCCGCUGACCAUCCAGACGAGCUCACCUUCUCAGAGGGGGAGGUGCUCGUGGUCGAGGGGGAGGAGGACAGCGAGUGGUGGGUGGGUCACGUUGAAGGAGACCCGACUAGGAGAGGAGCGUUUCCUGUCACCUUCGUUCACUUCAUCACGGAGUGACGGAGAAGCCCCGCCUCCACACUGCUCACCUGGAGAGACCCACCUGAGACCUGAACCGGACCGCCAUCGUUCUGUUUCUGUCCAAGUUCAAACUCAAAGAACUUUAUUGUAAAUCCACAACAGAAUUCUGACCCAGAAGACGUAAAUAAAUCGUUAUCGAGCUUUAAGUUUAUUUUAACUUGAACUUUAUCAACAAACAAAUGUAUUUUAUCCUGAACCCGAUCUUUAGCUCAUUCAUAGAUUCACCUCAUCAAUAAUCUAAUUGAGUUCUGUAGGGACGACGUAUUAAUAUAGUCCAACAGGAAGUCACCAUGAGUCUGUAGUCCAACAGGAAGUCACCAUGAGUCUGUAGUCCAACAGGAAGUCAUCAUGAGUCUGUAGUCCAACAGGAAGUCACCAUGAGUCUGUAGUCCAACAGGAAGUCACCAUGAGUCUGUAGUCCAACAGGAAGUCACCAUGAGUCUGUAGUCCAACAGGAAGUCACCAUGAGUCUGUAGUCCAACAGGAAGUCAUCAUGAGUCUGUAGUCCAACAGGAAGUCACCAUGAGUCUGUAGUCCAACAGGAAGUCACCAUGAGUCUGUAGUCCAACAGGAAGUCACCAUGAGUCUGUAGUCCAACAGGAAGUCACCAUGAGUCUGUAGUCCAACAGGAAGUCACCAUGAGUCUGUAGUCCAACAGGAAGUCACCAUGAGUCUGUAGUCCAACAGGAAGUCACCAUGAGUCUAGGCGGGUCUAACCUAAGUAAACCAGUGUUUAACAAGCAGGUUUGACUGACAGGGUCGUGGUGGAGAGACUGGAACCAGAAGUGUUUAUGAAUAUCUCUUUUUCUGGUAUGUUUAGUUUUAUUUUAAUGCUGGCUGAAGGGAAACUUUAAUAUCAACGUCCUAUUCGAUGUUAUUAUCAUUUUUCUUAUGUCAUUAAAAACACCUAAAAUACUGCUUUAACACA